AUUUCUAUAGAAUUAAAACCAGGCUUGGCCUCUUAUUUUCCACAUGACUCUCAGUUCAAGAUUACAAGUGCAGUUGAUCAGUCGUGAAUCCUAUUAAUAAGUCGAAGCCUAGAAAUGCAUAUCCUCAGUUUUUUCCUGUUAGGAAUUCUUCCUGUAAUUGCCCUAGCUACCUUUCAAACUCCGGACCCAAUCUUUGGUAAAGGAUAUUCAAAGAUAUAUGAUGGAGAACGUGAAUUUUCCAUAAAUAUGAUUAAACAAAUCCGGGAGAACCAUCCGACUGGGAACCUUUUCUUCUCGCCGUUCAGCACUUAUAACGCCCUCCUGCUUGCCUAUUUUGGUUCCUCCGCAGCCACGGAAUCAGAACUGGCACAGGUACUGAAACUAGGCUGGGCUACUUCUAAGGACCAGGUGGUCAGCGCUUAUACAAUAAGCAAGGUUAAGGAUAAAAUGCGUUCGCGCCAAAGUCCACUGACAUUGUCGUCUGUAAACCGCAUUUUUGUAGACAAAUUGGUGCAGGUGAAUAAAACAUUUGAGAUCAUUCUACACAACGAAAUCGAAAAGAUCGAUUUCAAGUAUCAACCAGAGAAUUCACUCAGCCUAAUAAACGACUGGAUUGCUAAUAAGACAUAUGAUCAAAUUCGCGACAUGCUUAGUUCCGAUGAUAUCAGUUCUGAAACGAUGUUCGUCCUGGCCAACGCCGCCUACAUGAAGGGCGAUUGGCUAAGCCAGUUUAAAGUGGAGAAUACCAUACCAAAGCGCUUUUACAUUAACGAAUAUGAGCAUGAACAGGUUCCCAUGAUGCACCAGACCGCAACUUUCAAGAUAACGUACAACGAACGAUUGCAAUCCCAAAUCCUUAAGCUGCCAUACCGAACACUUUUCCAGUCAGCGGAAACACGCAUUUCCACACCUGAAGACAAAUCCGAUAUAUCUAUGGUGAUUAUUCUGCCGGUUUCCAAUGAAGUCAACGUAAAUGAUGUAAUAUCCCGUCUGGAUGCCAAGAGUCUGGGUAAUUUAAUCGAUAUGGCCCGCCCCGAAAAGGUUGAUCUGGCAGUGCCCAAGUUCGAAUUCCAACAGCGUUUGAAGCUGACCCCAAUCCUUGCCGGUAUGGGCCUAACUAAUAUGUUUGACAGCAGUGCCACUUUUAAAGAUCUAACUCCUGAGCACAUUUCCAUCGAUGACGCCCAGCACUUCGCCAAGAUCAAGGUAGACGAAAUGGGAAGCACAGCGGCGGCGGCUACCGUUCUGUUCACCAGCCGUUCGGCUAAACAGCCUGAUCCCAACAAAUUUAUAUGCGACCAUCCGUUCGUGUUCCUCAUCUAUGAUGAAAAAGUAAAAACAAUUCUGUUCGCCGGCGUGUAUAGCGAUCCAAGGAAAAUGAAGCAUUAAAAGGAUUUAUUUUUGUACCCAUAAUUCCGAAAAUCAAAAUAUUUUCCAUGUAAUUGAAUUAAAAACAAACGUCUGUUGUAAAUGGUAGAUAUCUAAAAUCUACAUUUUUACUGUAGAUUUCCGCAUAUUCACAAAUAACAUCCCAAAAUUUUUGAAA